GGUUUUAAAGUUAGUGGAAGUGGCAGGGUGAUUGACAGGCACGGUUAAAAGUGCUGUGGAUUAUCUGCAAAUUAAAAUUAACAUUCAUUUAAUGACAUUGCCGCGAACAGCUGUGCAAAGGAACAGUGUCGUCCAUUGUCGCUUUAUAGGUUGAAAAUGGCAUCGACUCCCGAGGAGACCGAUAACAACAGCAAGCUCAGAUCGGUUUCUGUGGACCUAAACAACGACACCUCUUUCAUGAUCGACAUUCCUGACGCCCUUUGUGAAAGAGAUAAAGUCAAGUUUACAGUGCACACCAAGACUAGACUAGGCACCUUCCAGAAACCAGAAUUUUCAGUGCUCAGACAACAUGAAGACUUCAUCUGGUUACAUGACACGCUUGUUGAGACUGAAGAGUAUGCAGGACAUAUUAUUCCUCCAUCCCCUCCGAAGCCUGACUUUGAAAGUCCGAGGGAAAAGAUGCACAAGCUGGGAGAAGGGGAAGCCACCAUGACGAAAGAGGAGUAUACCAAAAUGAAACAAGAGCUUGAAGCCGAGUACCUAGCAGUAUUUAAAAAGACAGUGCAAGCCCAUGAAGUUUUCCUGCAGAGGCUUUCUUCACACCCAGUCCUCAGUAAAGAUCGCAACUUCCACAUUUUCUUGGAGUAUGACCAGGAUCUGAGUGUGAGGAGGAAAAAUACCAAGGAAAUGUUCGGCGGUUUCUUUAGAAACAUGGUGAAGACUGCAGAUGAAGUGAUCAUUUCUGGAAUAAAGGAAGUGGAUGAUUUUUUCGAUCAAGAGAAGAUAUUCCUCCUUGAUUAUUACAACAAAAUCCGAGAUGCAACUACGAAAGCUGAAAAAAUGACAACAGCGCACAAAAAUGUUGCGGAUGACUACAUUCACUUUUCAGCCACCUUGGACAGCCUUUCUGCAGACGAAUCCACUGCACUUAAAAUGUACCUGCUGAAGCUUGCAGAGCUAUUUGAAAAACUCAGGAAAGUGGAAGGGAGAGUGGCUUCCGAUGAAGAUUUGAAGUUGACCGAGUUGUUGAGAUACUACAUGAGAGACAUUCAAGCAGCUAAGGACCUGUUGUAUCGGCGAGCGAGAGCCCUUGCAGACUAUGAGAGCUCCAAUAAGGCCCUGGAGAAGGCACAGCUGAAGAGCAAAGAGGUGCAGCAAGCAGAAGAGCACCAGCAGCUCUGCUGUCAGAAAUUUGAGAAGCUGUCCGAGUCUGGAAAGAGAGAACUGACAAGCUUUAAAGGGAGGAGAGUGGUGGCUUUUCGCAAGAAUCUUAUUGAAAUGGCUGAACUAGAAAUAAAGCAUGCAAAAAGCAGCGUGUCUCUCCUGCAGAGCUGUAUUGACAUGCUAAAGACCAAUUAACCGUUCAUUGACAUGUCUUCUGACGCAGUGAGGAGGGAAUAUUAAGCCAGCUGUGAUUUGCACUUCAGUUGACAUUUAGCUGAAUCCCAGCUGAUCCCAGGUUUACAUUGAUUUGUAUGCCUCCAUAUAUAGUAAACCAUUUGAGGUCAUCCUUGUAUUUGUUAUAGUCAGUUACUCUUAUGUUAAUUGGACAUUUAAGCUUUGUACUUACUGAGGUCUUGCUGCUAAAAUGUGGCAUGCCUCAAGUCAGGGAAUAUAUAUAUGUUUGUAUUGGUUUAGUACGGUACCUUUUCAUAGUUCAGUCAUGUAAAACUUAACAAAAUAAUGUGUUAUAUAUGUAUAAAUAUUAUUAUAUUGAUUUUCUUUAUUCAACUGAUAUGAGGAAGUAAGACUUUUAUUAUGGGGAAUAUUCCCCAUAUAAUGAAUGACUUGAUUUAUCCAAUUAGGAAGAAAGUCAUUUUAACUUGAACAACACUGGUCUCGAGUCCUGCAGGUGGCUUUCAAUUCUAGUCUUGAGGGUACAGAAAUUGACCGCUUUCUUUCUGUAACCACAUAAUAUAUAGGUUAUAAAGUCGGCUGUCUAAAAUGCAUUUCUUGUGUAGUGAGGUGGGUACAUUACUCUAUGGCACUUCAUGACCAGCGCAACUUUAUUGUGUGGGCCCAGCCUAUGUCUGCCUGAGUUCAGUGCUUUUCACUUUUAAAUUCUUCCAGCUAGGGGUGCACCGAUAAAACACUAUCCGCAGCUUGUGUUAUUUUAGCAGAUAAUGUACACCGAUAUUCAUGCUUGAAUUUCUUCCAGCACAGAACUGAAUGUUGGGUCAAGAGCUCUUAUUACUAUUGACGCAAAAACACUGAAGCAGUCAUUUCCCUUGCAGUGCUGUUUAAGAUGCGAUCAACUUGCAGUAAAUCUGUCUCAAAAGAGCGGUGUUUGGAUUUUGUUUUAAAUAUCUGAAGACAGCAAUAGGAUUGCGAGUUGUGUGCAGCACAACAGCUUUGGUGCUACUGUAAAGUUGUACUUGUGUUGAUUCAGGGCGAUGCAAGCCUUCCAGUAAAGUUUUAUUUGUUUUCUCCAUCGGAACACAGAGUAGUCGGCACGAAACAAAAGUAUAGACAAGGAAUAUGUCUUAUAUAUAUGCUUCUCUAGCUCUUGUUUAACCCUUUUUGUCAUAUCUGGUUUGUUUUAACUUUAUUGUUCACCGGGCUCUCUUUGGCAAACACAGCAGUCCAAAACAAAACUUAAAGGUGCAGUCCUCCAAGUCCGAACUGAUUAUUAUUAUUAUUAUUAUUAUUAUUAUUACACAAUGUACUUCAAAAUUCCCUUUUGUAAUUUGUUUAUCUUGUUUAAUCUGCAUUGGUUACGGUUGUGUUCACCGGCAUUUUGAAGCAGUAAUUGAAUACUGAGCAGUCUUGUUAAGUAACAAAUUCAAGUUUGACUGAAUUUUGUAACCGGAAAUGUCAUAUUUUUAUGACAUUUUAAAAUAUAUGUAUUUCUGACAGUUAAACGCUUGUGGCGCUUAUCAGAUUAUUUCAUUUUGGCAAUUGCCAAAAGAGAUGGCAUGUGGAUUGUAAUACAGUACAUACUUUUAAAUCUAAUACGUAUUGUAGCAGUAUGUAAACAUUUCCAGUUAAUGACCCAA